AUGGAUGCACAACGGAACAAGCUUUGCAAAUGCUGCCAGGGAAUUCCCUUCGACAGCUUGCCCUUCGAGAGCGAGCCGGGCAUUCCUCACCAACAUAGCCUUGCCGCCCUCAGGGACUCGGCGUCGAGCUGCCCCCUCUGCCACCUCAUCCUCAGAGCCGUCAACCUCACCAGGAAAAAAAUUGAGCGGGGGCGGAAGAAUAGGUUGAACGAGAUUGGGGGGAUCCGCGCAUUCCACCCCGACGGUGAGGUUUCGUAUAUCGGCAUGUACAAUCCUGGGACGUGUAUAAGCUCGUUUCCAGAGCAAGGACGCGACGACGAGGAAGAGUCCCAAUCCUCGGAAGCAAACCCAACAGGCUUUGCAGAUGACCGCUCUGUCAGACCUUGGCUGUUUGGCAACUGGUGGAAAAACAGCCGCCAGCAAACUGAGGUGACUAGGGUUGCUGCUCCGUCAACCACUGCAUCUUCGGGUCUUGCUCAGACCAGCGGUUCCCGCGUUCGCAAAGACGAGCGUCUCCUGCUCAUCGGGCUGGGCGUGCGCCUUGCUCCUACGCCACAGAUUCGCGACGCAGAGGGAAACGAGACCACCGUGCACCACCGGGGCACUUUUCUCCGCCUUCGAACCGAUGACGGCAUACGGCGGAUUCGACGCUGGGCACGGGCCGCGGACAGCCUGCCUGUCGGUUUCCUGCCCUCGCGCGUUCUGGAUGUCGAAACCCACACCGACGGCGAAUUCGACGGCGUCAAGCUCGUCGAGACCGGGGGCCGACAGCGCGGGAGGUACAUCGCGCUGAGCCACUGCUGGGGCAGCUCGCAAUCGCUCACAACCACCCGCUCGACGAUCGCGGCACGGCGCGCGGGUGUUGUACUGGCGGCGCUGCCCAAGACGUACCGCGACGCGGUCGCCAUCACGAGGGCGCUCGGCGUGCGCUACCUGUGGAUCGACUCUCUGUGCAUCGUGCAGGACGACCCGGCCGACUGGGAGCGCGAGGCAGCCCGGAUGGCGUCGGUCUACGGCGACUGCUACCUGACUAUCGCGGCAUCGUGCUCGACUGGCGACGACAGCGGGUGCUUCCCGGACUUUCGUGACCGCAUCCAGACCGCGCAUCCGUCCCCGGACGAGAGGUCGGUAGGGAUGGUGAUCCAGCAGGACGCCGCGCCGUACGUCGUCAACGACUCGGCCGACCCGAACGACGUACACUGGAUCGGGCGGCCCCCGUUCGUGUACAUGGACGCGCAGAAGGGCGAGCUGAAGGAGUACCUGAUCCCGGAAUUCGGCUGUCCCCUGGACCCCAUUGCGGAAAAUCCGCUCAAUACGAGGGCGUGGACGCUGCAAGAAAGACUGCUGUCGCCCUGCACCUUGCACCUGUGCCGCGACCAGAUGUACUGGGAAUCCGAGCUCGAGGGCUGCAUCUCAGCUGAGGACGGCUCGAGGAUCCGGAACACCUGGUUCCAUUCGACGUGUCUGAUGGUUCGCGAAAGCCAGUCAUGGCCCAAGCACGGACUCCCGAGGGAUGGGGGCCUGUCGCUGAUCGAAGGCUACCCGGCCCAUGUCGACCCCCAGGGACAUGGGCGCUGGAACGCCGGAUGGCUCGGGUUGAUUGAAAAUUAUUCCAAGAGAAAGAUGACGAGGCCGGAAGACAAGCUUCCCGCGCUCUCCGGCGUUGCCAGCCUCGUCGCCCGGGAGACAAAGGACACUUACUACGCGGGGUUGUGGAAGAGCCACAUGCUUGAAGACCUGGCCUGGCGCGUGUGUACUCGCCGAGAGGUCAGGGUCCAGGUGUCCGACGGCUUUGACCACGAGUAUCGCGAGAAGCUGUGUGACGUUGUUGUGCCCGCAGGGUACCGCGCUCCGUCCUGGUCCUGGGCGUCGCUAGACGCGCACAUACAAUUCGUCCCUCUGGAUUUCGCACGACUCGUUGCCGAGUUCCUAUACUGCCAUGUCGAACUAGCCGGGCAGGAUCCGUACGGGAAGGUCUGCGGCGGCCGGAUUAGGCUCUGGGCACCGCUCGUAGAGGUGUUGUGA